AUGUUGGCAGCAGAUGCUCCAAAAUAUGGAAUUUGUGCGGUAUCACUGGAUUGGUUUUCGGCCAGUUUAAAAACAACUCCUUCCCAAAAAACUCGCUCACUCUCAUUAACGGAGAAAGAUUAUACCAUCUCGGUUCAUCCUAACAGUCACCUCCAACGCUGGGCCACUAGAGUUUUAUGUUACGAUUUCAGCAUGAAAUGCAAACUAAUGGAAACUUUUUGCCAGGCUAAUUCACCAUCACGUCUAACGUUCCAAUAA